UGGCCCAUUCAUUCCAACUUAAAUACAAGUCUAGAAGCUACAAAAGCACAAUCUUCCAACCUUUCAAGUUCAACUCCGAAGAAGCUGUGCCCAAAGGAGGAAGAAAAAGAAGGCAAUGGUUUUAGCCUCCCAGAGCGAGUUACCUCUCAACGAGAAUGACUCACAAGACAUGGUCAUAUACCAAGUCCUAAACGAAGCCAUGGCACUCAAUGGCUCUCUUCUACCUCAAAGACACCAAACCAAUCAAUCGACAAGUCUUGAAGCAGGCAAGAGCAUUGGGAAGAAGCACUACAGAGGAGUUAGGCGUCGUCCAUGGGGCAAAUACGCUGCUGAAAUCCGCGACUCUGCUCGGCAUGGUGCUCGAGUUUGGCUCGGAACCUUCGAAACGGCUGAAGAGGCUGCUUUGGCGUACGACAAGGCUGCUUUCAGGAUGCGUGGAGCCAAGGCACUUCUCAAUUUCCCUGCUGAGGUUGUAGCCGCAGCAUCAUCAUCGUCAACGACUAUUCAAAGAGUUAAGCCCAAUACAUCUAACAAUCCGGACUCGAGUGGUGACUCGAGCUUGCUUUCUAUUGGUUCUUCGAGAUCAGAUUCAGAGAGCACCACAAGUGGGGAGGUAAAAGAUAUGGGUCAGGUCACCUAGAGGCAUGGUCCUGGUGUUGAAAAGUAGCGGUUUUAGUCAUCUGGGUUCUUCUGAAUUAGGAUUCUAAGUGUGUAAAACUCUGAAGAUUUUCCUCUUUUUUCUGGUGUUCUUGAGGGAUUCCAGUGUGUAUAUAAAGAGGUCUAGCUAGCUGCAUAGUAUAAGUCUCUGCAGAUUAAUCCGGUGGUAUUAUCAGUGUUACUACAAAAAUCACAAGUUCAUUGGUUUGCAAUAAGAGGGAAGGUAAGACAAUUGAUUAAUUGGUUCAAGUUGAAAUUUUGUAUUUUCCUUCUAUGAAAAUGUAUGAACUAAGUCUAGUAUAGAAAUCAGAUUGGAAGCAAUUUCAAGUUGAAGUUUCUAGCCAAACUAGAAUUUUAUUAUAAAUGGUGCUUCUAGUAAAUGCCUGAAAGAAAGUAAUGUUCAAUUAUCACUCUUCCACCUUUUAAUUUUGGA